AUGCGCAGAAGCCCACAAAAAAAGCAACUCAAUAAACUCACGCUACAAAAUAGAAAUCUCUGUCAUAUUCCCAAAGGAAAAUUAGAAGCUUCUGCUGAUACCGGCACUGCUCACCAAUGCGGAUGGGGCAACAAGGUGGAAAUAUUUCCUCUUCUCCCCUUUCUCCUGAGGAAGGCAAAUGUUGGUGUUGAUGAGCAGCAGAAUUGUUAA